GCGCCGGCCCUCCGCCCCGUCCUCCUCCCUCGUCCCCAACACGACGACGACGGCCGACGCCUCCCACCAGCCUCUACCACAACACCACGAGCCCCCACCGCCCGCCCAUGCCGUGCUCGCUCUUCCGCCCGAACCCCCACCCGCGGACAUGACCCCCCGCGAUGAAGGAUCCGGGCCCGUCGUCCGCCGCCCCUGAGCCUCCCCCGCCCUCGCCCCCGCCGGAGGAGGAGGACGGCUGGGUGAUCCUGCCACCCAGCGAGGUCGAGGGCAUCGGCGAUCCCAAGGUCAUCCACUUGGAGGACCUGCAGCAGGAGCUCGCCCGCCUCUGGAGCCUCUCCGCCGCGCUCCAAUCCGGCAGGGACCGCAAGGCGCAGUUCGCCGCGCGACUCGAGUCCGCAUUAGAGGUAAUAAUAAUCACUGAGGUUGGGACUCGAUUGGCGCCCCUCCUUGCUCGAUCCCUAGUGGAACUGUCGGAUCCUGUGCGCUCUACCAAUGGGUGGGUGCUCGGAUCUUGGUGCUUUCCUUUUCAGCCCGGAAUUAUUCCUGGGAAAGGUUGGAUUCGUCUCCAUACCUUCGGUUGUGCUUCGAGUGUCAAAAGGAGGGGAACAAUCUCCAGAUCACAAGCCUGGAAUUACCACUAG